AUGCCACCAAAGAAAUCUCUUCUCAAAGGGUAUGGUCCGGGCAGCCGAGCCUUAUGGAGCAAGACCAGCUCCUGCGCCACCUGCUCGCUCACAGGCUUCGCUUGUGCCAGAACCGGCUGGAUCGUAGGCGAGGCCCGCGCCACAAGCCGCUGGAAUUACUUCCACUAUCACCAGGGCUCCUCUUCGGAUGAUGGUCUCCGUCAACCACCCCAAGUAAUACCUCGAGUCUCUCCAGAGGCCAAAUCUUCCCGCACGCAAGUGUCUUUUCGGUACGAGCCGAUUACUAUGCCGUAUAUCACCUUUUCACGUUAUUCAUAA